UCCCGUAUGUAUGUGCCAGCUCUCGUCGUGGUACCACCACUACCACCGCUACCACCCACCGCCCUGCUACCACCACCACCACCAUAACCCACAGCCUUCCUCGCCCAUCUCUCUCUGCCGUGUCCGCGCAGCAGCAGAAGCAGCAGCAGCACCUGUCCGCCCACCGCGAAUUCUCCCCGACCAACCAGUCCGCCCUCGCGCACUCACACAUGUUCUCGUCCCCCGUCGACUUCCACACCCUCACGUAACGGAGAUGGUAGAGACGCUGCUCGACACCUGCCAGCUGAACACCUCCCGUCGCAUCUUCACCGAGAACCAACUCCGCAUCAACGGCUUCAACACAUACGGCUAAUCCCUCACCUCGUCUAUGGCAACCAUGAUACAGGCUGAACGCGUGACGACGGCCCAUCUCAAGGGAGGCGACGUCAUGGACGUCCAAGAGAUUCCCAGCACCACCAAGCCUGCCUUGCUCUGCUUGCACGGCGAGAGGGAAGAGGAAAUGGUCGCUGUCUUUGCGGACGUGCUUGGUCAGUCCUGGGUCCCGGCGACCUCAAUUGACCAAGUCAAGGCAACACCUCGUUCCACUAUAGUUGCCCUGCAGCACACGCUACCGGGAGCACGCUUCGCGGAUUGGGACCACUCGAGACUCGUCAUCAACACACAUUGCGUCGAUGGUCCUCACCCGCGCGACGAUAGCAUCCUCGAGCAUUGCGAUUAUGAGUACCUGUACACCAAGUCGCCUUUCUUCCGUAGAGAUGUUGCGCGGUUCCUCUCCUUGAUCCUGGGCCAGAUCAGUCCCCACCGUGACCUCGCAAAGAAGGCCCGCACCACUCUGAUAUCCACUACUUUUCCUGAUGUGCACCACGCGCUGCCGAAUCUGGAUAUUCUGUCGGUCGGCGCUGACGCGAUAGAGAUCAGGGUAGAUUUACUCGAGGAGCCUUUGCCAGAUGGGACAGUUAGCAAGGUGCCAAGCUUGAAGUAUGUGGGUGAACAGUUAAUGAUAUUGCGCCAACGGACAGAAUUACCCAUCAUUUUCACAACCAGGUGCACCAACGAGAAUGGCCGCUUCCCUAUGGAAGACCCGAAUCUCUUUUUCAAGUACCUGAGCCGCGCGAUCCAGUGGGGCUGUGAAUAUAUCGACGUUGAAUUAUGGCUACCCGAGGACAUACGACGCCGACUGGCGGAGAAGAAAGGAAGUAGUAAAAUCAUUUCUGCUUUUCACGACUUUUCUGGUACUUUCAAAUGGACAGCGCCCGAAACGCAGAAGCUGUUUGAGCGUGGAGCCGUGUACGGAGAUGUGGUCAAGAUGUAUGUGCUGGUCAGCACGAUGCAAGAGAACAUGGAGCUCGAGUACUUUCGUUCCAUCAUUCAAACAAAGUACCCCCACCCUCCCUUCUCUGGCCUCAACAUGGGACCUACUGGUCAGUUAACCAGGACCUUGAACAAGAUCUUUACACCCAUAACCCAUCCCCUGCUGCCCAUGAUUGCGGCUCCGGGUCAACUGAGUGCUGCUCAGAUCAACGAGGCACUCCAUAGCAUGGGUCAGAUGCCCAAACUAGAUAUAUACGGCAUCGGUAGCUUCCGAUCCACAUCACAGGCCAUGUUUUUCGAAAAGUGUUUCAAUGAGCUCAGUUUACCGCACCAGUUUAUGUUUGCAGAGCGUGCGCCCAAAGCGUCGAUUGAAAACAUAUUGCGGCGUCCCAAGUUUGGGGGAGCCUACAUCAACCCGCCUCUGAUAGCGGCAUCUGCGCCCUACCUUCCCGCUCUGUCCAACCCGGCGCGGGCCAUUGGACAGGUCGACACGGUGCUGGUGCGCACUGAGAACGACAAGCCGGUCUUCAUCGGAGACAAUGCCACGUGGAAAGGGAUCCGGGCGACGCUCACUCGCGACUUUGUGCCGUCGGCUUACAGCGGACAGGCGGCACUGCUGCUGGCCAAUUCGGAGUCGGAUGCAUCUGCGUCCAUUUUUGCGCUGAAAAGCUUGGGGAUAGGCCCGAUCUAUACGAUAGGGUUCAGGGCGAAUGGGUUGCUGUCUACGGAGGUAGAGCCGGUACGGUCGAUUGAGGAUGUGAAGCGACUGGAGCAGCCGUUUGUCAUUAUAUCAGCGCUUCCAGCAGAGAAGUCGCUCCUGGUAGUGCCGCUGCUGAAGCAUUAUCGAGUGGAUGGAAGGAAUGGAAACCACGAGGGCAAGGGGAAUGGACUUGCAGCAGCGGUGGCGGCAGCAGGAGCAGAGGUGAAGCCGGCCGGCAAAGUUUUUGUGGACUUGGCCGGCGGACCACGGAAAGCUGACCCGCUUGCCAUCGCGGCGUCGGCGGGAUGGACUGCUUACGGAAUUGCAGACGUCUCAGCGUGGACCACAGUGGAAACGAUCCGGCUGCUCGAGGGGCAAAACGUGUGCUACGACUUUGUACGUUUAGCGUCGGGAAGACUGUUUUGA